AUGGCCUACAACGACGAUGCUGUGCUAGCGAAGCUGUCAGCCUUGAAUGAGAGCCAUGACAGCAUCGCGACUGCGGCACAAUGGAUCAUGUUCCACAAGCGGCAUGCAGAUCGCACAGUUCAGCUUUGGCUGCAACGUCUCCGCGAUUCAUCAAGUACCAAGAGGCUAAGCUUGAUCUACCUUGCAAACGAGGUCACGCAACAAUCCAAGGCCCGGCAUAAGGAGGAUUUCCUGAUCGCCUUCUCUCCAGUCAUCGCCGAAGCGACGGCGUUGGCCUAUAAGGGAGCACCGGCUGAGAUCCAAAACAAGCUUAGAAGAGUCAUCGACGUAUGGAAGGACCGCUUCAUCUUCGAGCCGCCUGUGCAACAGGCUAUUGAGGCGCGUGUUGAUGAACUUGACAAGGCCCGUGGAACCGCAAAGGCAGCCUUCACCAGCCCUGGAAUUGGCGGUCCAUCCGUACCCGCAGAGCUCGCUCCGCUCGUCACCUCGUAUCAGGACGUCUCAAAGCUCAACCUGCCCACUAAGACAGCCAUCAGCACAGCAAAUCAGGACUUCGAAAAAAUCACUGACCCCUCGACACCUGUGCCGUCCGCCCCCGUCUACGCCGCACGCCUCAAUGGAUUACUGAGGAGCCUGGCCAGUGCCGAGGGAGCUGUUGCCGAGUGUGUCAAGGCCCGAAAGGGUCUCAUUGGUGAACUUGAAAAACUUCUGAGUGCAAGCCAGGAGGCGCUGGCCAGCGACGAGAGACAGUACAGCGAGCUGACCUCGCGAAAGGCCGAGACCGAGGAGAAGAGACGCGAGAUCGAGCAGGCCAUUAUGCGCGGUCUGCCCGUACACGAGGCUUCAAAGUCCCCAGGCAACGGUGCAUCCAAGACACCGGAGCCGGAGAGACCAGAGGUGGAGGCCCUCACUCCCCCGCCCGUCGAGGCUUUCACGCCACCGUCCGUGGAGGCAUUGACGCCCCCACCCGCCCAUGAUGAGCCAGCCAUCUCUCAUCAUACGGACGCAGACCGCGCACGCUCGGCAUCAAGCCAAGGAUUUCAGCCGCCUGCCGCGUCUGGUAUCGAAAUGCUGUCUACCCUCGCCUCUCAAUACCAGUCGAUCCCUGUCUCUGCCAACGGUGCAAACAAGAGACGCCGACUUGAUGGAGACGACUUCCCGGAUCUUGGAGGCGACGACGGAAUCGAUGCUGACGUGGCUGAGAUGCUACGCAAGGAGAGUAAUGGCAGCGUUUGA